CCAGCGGCGAGUGGGGUCCCGCGACGCCCCGGAGCGCUGAGACUUGGCGCGCCCAGGGGAAAGGCUGCGGGGGACACCGGGCUGGGUGAUCCCGUUUGUAGCAAAUAUGUCUGAAGAGGAAGCGGAUCAGGCCCCGGGGCCCAGACUGUCGGAGCAGGAGCAGCAGAGCGUGGUGCAGCGCGUGGCGGCCCUGCCCCUGGUCAGGACCACCUGCACGGCUGUCUCAGAGGUCUACAGCGCGGCCAAGGACAGGCACCCCCUGCUGGGCUCCGCCUGCCGCCUGGCUGAGCACUGCGUCUGUGGUCUGACCACCCGUGCCCUGGACCGUGCCCAGCCGCUGCUCCACCAUCUGCAGCCCCAGCUGGCCACCGUGAAUGACCUUGCCUGCCGGGGACUGGACAAGCUGGAAGAGAAGCUGCCAUUUCUUCAGCAGCCCUCAGAGACGGUGGUGACCUCAGCCAAGGGUGCAGUGGCCAGUGGCAUGACGGGGAUGGCACAGCGAAGCCGCCGCUGGAGCGUGGAGCUGAAGCGCUCCGUGAGCCACGCCAUGGACGUGGUGCUGGGCAAGUCGGAGGACCUGGUGGACCACUUCCUGCCCAUGACGGAGGACGAGCUCGCGGCGCUGGCAGCCGAGGCCGAGAGCCCAGAAGUGGCCUCCGUAGAGGAGCAGAGGCGACAUCAAGGUUACUUUGUGCGUCUGGGGUCCCUGUCGGCACGAAUCCGCCACCUAGCCUACGAGCAUUCUCUGGGGAAACUGAGGCAGAACAAACACCGCGCCCAGGACACGCUGGCCGAGCUGCAGCAGACCCUGGAGCUGAUCCACUCCAUGCAGGGUGGGGCCACCCCUGCCAUCCCUGCCCAGCCUAGAAAAGUGCACCAGCUGUGGGGAGACUGGAACCACUGUACCCCUAAGAACGGCUGUUACCAGAGUCAGCAGGCUGAGCUGGAGACCCUGUCCCUGUCACGCCACCUGACCUGGGAGCUGCAGGGGACGGUGGAGGCCCUGCAGACCAGCGUGCGGGGCCUGCCCCCCAGCGCCCAGGAGAAGGUGGCCGAGGUGCGGCGCAGCGUGGACGCCUUGCAGGCUGCCUUCGCCGACGCCCGCUGCUUCGGGGACGUGCCCGCGGCCGCGCUGGCAGAGGGCCGGGGCCAAGUGGCGCGGGCUCACGCCUGCGUGGACGAGCUGCUGGAGCUGGUGCUGCAGGCCGUGCCGCUGCCCUGGCUGGUGGGGCCUUUUGCGCCCGUCCUGGUGGAGCGGUCCGAGCCCCUGCCCGACCUGGAGGACCUCGUGGACGAGGUGGUCGGGGGCGUGGACCCCCGCUGGGCACAUCUGGAUUGGCCGGCCCAGCAGAGAGCCUGGCAGGCCCAGCACGCCGACGGCGACGGCGUGGAGCCCCCGGGGGCCGUCCUCGCGGAGAAGCCCGAGCCUUCCAGCCCUGCAAGCCAGCACACGCUCAUGCCGGAGCUGGACUUCUGACCGCCCAGGGGGAUGGACAGAGCCCGAGGCGGUGCGCC